ACACGGGCUGUGAACGGACCACUAAAACGAUGUCUGAGAUUCUGGAGACUUGCGAGCUUUCCUUGCCCCUGGGUAAAAUUAAGGGCGUUAAGCGACUGAGUCUCUACGAAGACAGCUAUUUUAGCUUUGAGAAGAUUCCCUUCGCAAAGCCACCAGUGGGAGAAUUAAGAUUCAAGGCCCCAGUGCCUGCAGAUCCAUGGAGCGGAGUAUUGGACUGCAGUCACUUUGCGGAGAAACCAAUCCAGCGGGAUAUAUUUUCUCGAGUCACAGAGGGCUCCGAAGACUGUCUUUAUCUUAAUGUGUACUCCAAACAGCUAAAAAGUGACAAACCCUUGCCCGUAUUGGUCUACAUUUAUGGCGGGGCCUUCACCGUUGGCGAGGCCACCCGAGAAGUCUACGGGCCAGACUAUUUCAUGUCCAAAGAAGUGAUUUUGGUGACGCUGAACUACCGAGUGGACUGUUUAGGAUUUCUUUCGCUCAAGGAUCCCAGCCUGAAUGUUCCCGGAAAUGCAGGCCUCAAGGAUCAGGUUCUGGCACUUAAGUGGGUCAAGAAGUACAUUUCCAAUUUCAACGGGGAUGCUAACAAUAUUACGGUUUUCGGAGAGAGUGCCGGCAGUCGGUCCACCCACUUUAUGAUGUGCACAGAUCAGACCAAAGGACUGUUCCACAAGGCUAUUCUCAUGUCUGGAACUGCGCACAAAGACUUCCCGAAUGAUUUAUGUGAGGACUUUGCUUUCCGUCUAGCCCAGCAGAAUGGUUUUACGGGCGAGAACAAUGACGCCAAGGUGCUGCAUCACCUUCAAGGAGUUCCCGCUAGAGAUUUAGUGAGCCACGACUUGAUAACUCCCGAGCACCGACGGAAUGGUCUGAUGUUUGCCUUUGGACCUACAGUGGAGCCCUAUGUGGGUGAGGACUGUGUAGUGCCCAAGUCUCCCGUGGAAAUGGCCCGUGAUGCGUGGUCCAAUGACUUGCCCAUCAUGUUGGGGGGCACUUCGUUCGAAGGUCUCUUUAUGUUCCCAGCAGUAGCUGCCAAUCUUAAGGCCUUGGACACCCUAAGUCAGGAUCCCUCAAGAAUUCUGCCCCGGGAAGUGCGGGACAUCAGCACCGAGGAGGAAAAUGCGGAGUACAGCCAGCGUCUGAUCGAAGCCUACUUCGGAGAUUCGCCACCCAGUUCGAAGCGCUUAAUGAAUAUGCUAGAUUUUUAUUCCUACAAGUCUUUCUGGCACUGCUUCCAUCGAACUUUGAACGCAAGGCUUGCCUACGCGAAGGCACCGACCUACUUCUACCGCUUCGACUUUGACUCUCCGAACUUCAACUUCUAUAGGGCCAAAUUCUGUAGGGGCCACAUAAAGACCGGCGUGGCCCACGCCGAUGACUUGUGCUACUUGUUCCGGAGCGCUGAAGCUUGGAAACUGGAAAAGUCAUCUGCGGAAUAUCGGACCAUCGAGAGGAUGGUUGGCAUCUGGACGGCAUUCGCAGCAACAUCCAAUCCCAAUUGCCCGGAAAUUGGCCAUGUGGACUGGAAACCAUCAAGGAAGGAAAAUCCCAAACCAGUUCUAAAUAUUAGUAACGAUGUCACGAUUGUAGAUUUGCCCGAGUACGAAAAACUCAAAAUUUGGGAUAGCAUCUACAAGACAGAGCAAUUGAUUUAAGUUUGCUAAUGUUCCCAAAAGGUGAUGGUGAUACUUUUCCCAUAUCGGUAUUUGGCAUGUAUUGAUAUUCUUUAAAAGUCCGUGACUCCAAUAAAGAAUUUUUGUUAUA